CCAGCUCAUUCCCUUCCAAACUUCCAAAACCUCUUCUUCUUCUUGCUUCUCCUCUCGCCGGAGACGCAGCCAAUCGCCUGCCGAUCACUACGACCUGCCUCCCGACUGCGCUUUUCCAUUCAUAAGGCACACAAACUCCGACUUUAACUCACUGCAGUGGCAUCGGAUUGCAAUUCGUCGAGAAUUCCUUCAAGUCAACGCAUAUUCUUCCUCCGUUUCAUCUCCGCCGACGAAUUUAGAGACGGAUUUGUGUGCUGAGUUUGAACGUCUUAAAUGCGUUCAUUGUAGUUAUUUCGAAAGAUAUCUCGAACUGUGGAUUCGUUCUCGGUCCAAUUUUCCGGAGCUUAAAACUAUUGUCCGGAGAUAUUGGUCGAUUUAAAUUUUACUAGAAUUGCAUGAUUCAAGAACUGGAGGCACUGAAUUUCUCAUUUCUGAUUCCGAGAAUCACUCUCUGCUCUAGUGCUUGAAUUCCACGCUGAGUCGAUAGAUUCGAGUUUGGUUGAGUCGUCGAUGGCGGACUCGGACAACGACUCCGGAGGUGCUAAUAACGCAGGGAGCAAUGCAAACAGCAGCGAACAAUCACUGCGAGAGCAAGACCGGUUUCUACCAAUCGCGAAUGUGAGCAGGAUCAUGAAGAAGGCUCUUCCAGCGAACGCGAAGAUCUCUAAGGACGCCAAGGAGACGGUGCAAGAGUGCGUAUCGGAGUUCAUCAGCUUCAUCACCGGCGAGGCCUCCGACAAGUGCCAGAGAGAGAAGCGGAAGACCAUCAAUGGCGACGAUUUGCUGUGGGCUAUGACGACGUUGGGAUUUGAAGACUACGUGGAGCCGCUCAAGAUAUACCUCCAGCGAUUUAGGGAAAUGGAAGGCGAGAAGAGCGUUGCGGCGCGUGACAAGGACGGCGGGAUUGGAGGCGUGAACGUCGUUAAUAGUGGCUUCGAGGGCGGAGGGGGCAGUGGUGGUGGUGGUGGUGGAGUGUAUGGAGGAGUAGGGAUGAUGAUGCAUCAGGGACACGUGUACGGCUCUGGUGGGUUUCAUCCAAUGGCUGUGAGUGGAGGAAGUGGUGGUCCUGUGAUGGGUAAGAGUGGACCCAGCUAUCCCGGUGCGGGAUCUAAUGCAGGUAGGCCCAGAUAGAUAAAAUAUAUAUUAUAUGGUUUCCAUAGUUUGUGUUGCAUAAUUUGUUUAAAGACUUGGUAGUUUAUUGGUUUGGUGCUUGUAAUUGUAUUGCUAUAAAGCAGAAGACAAUAUUAAUUGAUUUUAUUUUAUGGCAUUGUAACUGUUGCAUAAAAGAAAACAGUGCCUUCUUGUCGCUAGUGUAGCUUAAUAUAGUUUCAA